AGUAUCGUGAUAGAUUUUCCUCUCUAUAUCCUCUAGAAUAUCGUUUUUUAAUCGAACAGAAAUGGUACAGUUAUAUAUCUGAUUUUGUUAGAUAUUAAAGAAAAUCUAGAUAUAAAAGAUAUAAAAGAAAAUCUAACAGCUUCUAUUUAAACGUCGAGUUCUCGCAAGCGCGCAUCUCGAAGGCAUUCUUCUCCGUUGGAGAGGGGAGUCCCUGGCAUUUGGCUCGUGCUUCAAACCUACUCAAACCUAUUCGUAAAUUCUCGUAUAAAUUCAGAUUCAUUGUUGAGGAUAACAGAAAAUCAAUAUUCCAUCGAUGUUUCCACCACCCUACGAAAAUCCUCUAAUUCCCAAGUUCCCUUCACCUUCACGAUCUCUUACAAAUUUCAUUCGUAACAUUCUCUGUUCAAAUGGCAACGAUCUAACGAUUUGCAACCACGGGAUGCACCGAGGCAUUCCUCACGAUUACGAAACUGCUUAGAAUAAUCCUAUUUCGUCAACAUAGUGAAUAAUUUGACAACACGAAUGAUUUCAGCAACAUAAAUUGCAAUUAAAACGAGCCAACAUCGUCAGUGUUGCGAUUCACGAUCACUUUUUACCCGCGAAGAGUAAAUCCGUAAAUGUCAGAGAAAUGUUCGGUCGAACCGAGGCAGCGAUCCUGAACAGAGCGGCGAUGACAUUAAUGACGAUUCGGUGAAAUGUCAUGUGUCGUGUGUGUGCGUGCGAUCAAGGAAGUUCAUCGUGUCGUUUUCCUAAUUCAGUGUUUAGCACCGUGCCCGAAAGGAGCUCGACGCAUAAAUUUUCGUUUCCGACAGGAAGAGAUUGGCGUCAGCCUUCGAAACAUUAUUUCCACGUUCGAUCAUCACAUAGCGUCGCUUAUCAUGUUUCGUUCUGACGUGAACAAUGUUUCCAUUUUUUAAGAAGUCUGGGCAAAGAGACAGUCCCAGAUCUUUGCAAGCUUCUCCUACAAAGUCGACAAGUUCUGGGAAAUCGUUUGGAGAUGUCCUCAACGGCGGUUCGUUCGUUGGAACGCCAACAGGUACAGUGUACAGCCUUGAGGAAGAAGAGGAAAACGAAGUUAUCAAUGGGGAAACGAAAGAAAUGUAUUCCUUUGGCUCUCAGCUCUCUAAAACCCUCCCACAGAUCCUUGCGGAUAAAGGUGCUCUCGGUUAUUUCAUCCAGUUUAUGGAGACACGUAACUGUAUAGCGCUUAUUAAAUUCUGGCUCGAAGUGGAAUGUUUGUAUAGCUCGAUCGGCAUACAAGAAAUUAAUAGGAAAAAUGUGGAAUCUUCGAAUACUGAAAAUUCUAAUAGACUCUCUAGUUCGGUGGAUGAUAACGAGAAUUUUCAUUGUAAAAUAAUGCAGGAUACUGCAAAUGAUUGUGAAACUAAAAAUACAUUGAUCAACGAGUAUGUAAAUAGUAACAAUACAAAAUCAAAUUGCAACGACAUGCCAAAGACUAGUCAAACGAUAAGCAGAACGCGACAAUCAAACUACACGUGCAAGAGACGCGACAUGACGACCACUAGACAAGAUGCUAUAAGAAUUUACAAGAAAUAUUUCGUUAAAGAUGUCUUGGAUACCAAUCACAUUCCGGAAGAGCUGAAGACAGAAACAGAGAAAGCUUUUGCUUGCGAAAAUAUUGAGCCUAUGUUGCAGUGCCUACUAUCUGUUCAAACAAUCGUAUACAAGAUAUUAGAGAAUGAGCAUAUUAAUGACUUCUUAAGAAGCGAAUUCAAUUGUAAACACCAGAUUGAUGUUCUUACCAGUGGUAAUGUACAGCUAACAGACAUAUUGUACAACGAAACUGCGUUCUUUUAUUUCAUGGAGUUUUUAGAACUUGAAAACAAACGAGAAUUACUGGAUUUCUGGAUGUCUGCUGUCAAUUACAAACAAAACUUAUUGGAAAAGGAGGAUGCUACAGAUCCUGAAGAAGCACAAACGGAUGCUCUGAUUAUUUAUGACAAAUAUUUUAGUUUACAAGCAACGAUGCCUCUUGGAUUUAGCGAUAAAAUUCGUUUCCAAGUGGAACAAAAUAUUUGCCACGAAGACGGAGAAGGACCACGACCCGACUGUUUCGAUAAACCUUGUAAAAUUGUAUAUAAUUUCUUGAAUAAGCAUUAUCUACCCACUUUCUUAUCAUCGCAGUUGUAUUACAAAUACUUAUCUGAAUUAAUCAAUACUAUACAAAGCAGUCCGUGUUCGAGUUUACAUCCUAGGAUAAAAAGAGCAGGUUCCGAUUGUAGUAGCGAGGUGAGUUCUGUUAGUAUUAAUAUGCAAAAUACCCUGCAGGCAGGGGGCGAAGGACAUAGAUCGGCCAAUACCAAAUCGAGUAUUACCGGCGGAAUGAACAUCGAUACUAGACAACUUUACGAUCCGGAUUCCUUAUGGAGACGUAAUAAAUAUAGUUUGAGCGUCGGUUACGUCGAUAAUUUAGGCAGGUUCGUUACCGAAAUAGAGCCAGAUCCUCAGAAAAAAUCUGAGUCUCGAUUAACGCGUGUUGUGAAGAGGCUUGUACAUAUGGAACAAGACAAGGCGAAAGAAGAGUUAGCGUGGAAGAUCGCCGAGAUGAUCGUUCGCGAGAUCACGUCUUUGACUCUAGGAGCUUCGAAUUUUUCAUCCUGAUGGCAGACUCUACGUACGAUGACAUCAAUUUCCUUUCUUUGUAUAAUAUACUUCGCACUUUAAAUGCUUAAAGGUAAAUAUUUUUUUUAAGUAUGAUUUUUUAAACGUUUACGGACCGAUAUCAUAUUUUGCCAAAGUGCCAAAUCGAAUAGAAACGAGACGAAAUAUUUUAUUACAUUUAAGAACGAAAUUCAAUCACCGACGGAAACGUUCGUCUGCACUUAUAAAUUUUUCGUACUUUUCUUACCGAUAUUUUUGCGUCUUUUUUUAUAACGCACGAACGAAACCAUGCAUUUAAAAGUUGAGUCUACUAUAAGAUCGCACUUAUGAUCAACGUAGAAUUAACGAGCAAGGAUGUAUAAUAUAAAUCUUUUACAUUUGAAACGGAUAUUUCACUGAAAUUGACUUUUAGUUGCAAAAAAUAAAUUACAUCGGUAUAAAUACGAAACUCUUCUGCUUCUUAAAAGCACAAUAACGAUCUGUAUAAACGGAAACGAUUUCAUGCUUUUAUUACUUUCGUGAGAUUAUAAAAAUAUUCUUCUGUGUCGUAAGAUAUAAUUGUACUGUCUUUUUAUAGCAAUGAUAUUAGGACGUACGGGCAUAUUGCUUUGCGUUCGUUAUGCUGUGUUACUUUUUUAAUCGUUCGACUGCCAAGUACUUUUGUAGCUCAGUAAGUUUUACGCUUUCUUCUUUAACAAUUCUCGAUGUUUUCUAACCUACAAAAAAAAAAAAAAAAAGACUUAGAAACAUAUGUUUUACGUGUGACAACUAAAAGAUUUAUGACAUAUCGCGGAGGAAUGUGAUUUAGAAUGUGGUUCACUGGUUUCGAAACUUAACAAACGAAGUGCACUUUAGACGUAUUAGAUCGAGGAUAUGACGAAAUCGUAAAUAUUCGUAAUUUAGAAUUCGUGUUAAUAUUCUGUUCACCUUCUUUGAAGUACUCAGACGUUAGAUGUCAACUUUGCAGUAUUUAUUAUAAUUCACUAUACAGGAUCGCAAAAAGAAAAAAAAAAGAAACGACAAAUAUUCAUUUUGUUACUGUAUAGUCAAAAGAAUCUUUAUAUACGAUCAAUCUUACAUAGUUAGUACUAUUAGGUAAAGUAAUUUAGCUUUACGGAAAGAUUAUUUUAUUAAAAUUGAAUCUAUUUUUAAAAAGAAACUAACGAUACAUAGUAUAUUGAGAAUACGAUUUAAGUGAUAACGUUUACACGUCGGACGUGACGAGUAGUCAGGUCCAAUGGUGCACACCGGUUCCUUUUUGCAUGAACGCGAAAGAACUUGUGGCAACAGGUUAUACAGUAUUUUCGCGAUCUAUGCGCGUGAAACAUUUUGCAUACACUUAAGUAUACUCUACAUUCGAGUUUAACUUGCAAUAAGCAUGAAUUCUGGAUUAUAUCGUAUAGUCUUCGUAUCGAUAUAGAUCUUUUGGUGCUAACAUAGAGAGAACUCGUUGCCCGAAAAAUAUAGUCUUCGCAUUCAUACGGAUGUACAUACAAAUUUUUUUAUCAAGAAGGGGAGGGAUGUCGUACGAAUAAAAAUUUAUUAAUCAAAAAUAAUUGAGCGCAUCUACGUGCACUAUUUUCCGAGAUAUACGUACUUUUGUUUCAAAGGUGCUCCUUAGCAAUAACGAUGAAGGUCAGCCGCGGAGUUGUCACGUUAUCAAAUCGAGGUAUCAGUUAUAAAAAUUUGAAUGCUUUGCGUUGAACAUCUGUGAUUUAUUAAUUGUAAAAUCGCAGCGUAAGAAACAUUAGAUGUACAAAAAUCCGUUAUAUCGAUUAAAUAAUAGUACUGUAUAUAA